AGUCACCCUAGAAGGCUAGAACAAAGAAGAAAAAAAAGAGAAAUGGAGAACGGCGGAAUGAAUAAUGAGAACAAAUGUUGGGGAUUCAAGGGGAAUUCAGAGCUAACCAAGGCGGCAGAUGUAACAAUCAGAGGUGUGUUAUAUAUGCUGUUAUCUAAGCUGAACCAGUCAGACCCCAGAAAUGUCAUCCCUCUUGGCCAUGGCGAUCCUUCCGCUUUUCCAUGUUUUCGCACUUCUCAAUCUGCGCAAGAUGCAAUCGUUGAUUCCCUUUGUUCUGCCAAGUUUAACGGCUAUUCGCCUACCGUCGGUAUUCUCCCUGCUAGAAUGGCUGUAGCGGAGUAUCUAUCUCAAGAUCUUCCGAAUAAACUUUCACCAGAUGAUGUAUUCCUGACAGUAGGUUGUGCACAAGCUAUUCAAACCAUAUUAACCGUUCUUGCUGGUUCCAAAGCAAACAUUCUACUCCCUAGACCUGGGUACCCGUAUUAUGAAGCUGUUGCUCAAUCGUGCAAUUUGGAAGUCCGUCACUUUGACCUUCUUCCAGAGAAUGGGUGGGAAGCUGAUCUUGAGGCAGUCGAAACUCUUGCAGAUGAGAAUACAGCUGCCAUUGUCGUAAUCAAUCCUGGAAAUCCUUGUGGCAAUGUUUACACAUAUCUACACUUGCAGAAGGUUGCCGAGACUGCCAAGAAGCUCGGGAUAUUAGUGAUUGCUGAUGAAGUUUAUGACCAUCUUGCUUUUGGAAAAAACCCUUUUGUUCCUAUGGGAGUUUUUGGAUCAAUUACGCCUGUUGUUACGCUGGGUUCCAUAUCCAAAAGAUGGAUUGUUCCUGGUUGGCGCCUUGGGUGGCUUGUCAUCAAUGAUUCUAAUGGCAUCCUCAAAGGACACGGGAUUAUUGAUUGCAUAACAGGAUAUCUAAAUAUAUCCUGUGACCCUCCAACGUUCAUCCAGGGAGCUGUUCCAGAUAUACUUGGAAAAACCAAAGAAGAUUUCUUUACAAAUAUUGUAAGUAUGAUAAAAGAAGCCGCAAAUACUUGCUAUGAUGGAAUUAGUGAUGUCCCUGGUAUAAUCUGCCCCAGCAAGCCAGAAGGAUCAAUGUUUGUUAUGGUGAAAUUAGAUAUUUCCCUCUUUGGGGACAUUGAGGAUGAUGUGGACUUCUGUGUCAAGCUUGCCCAAGAAGAAUCAGUUAUAAUCCUACCAGGUAUAACUGUAGGACUCAAGAACUGGCUCCGGGUAACCUUUGCCAUCGAACCUUCAGCUCUUAAAGAAGGCAUCAAGAGGCUUAACGCUUUUUGUGAAAGGCAUUCAAAGAAAGCUUAAAACAAAACGACACUUAUUGGAUCAUCUAUCGUAAUACUAAUUAUAUCUCUAUAUGCCUGUGUGCUUUAUUAUGUACUAUUACUUGAAUGAACUAUCAACUACAUAGGAAGGUUGCAUGUGCAUCUCCUUGUAUCCAUAUAACAGUUCCGUUUCAGUCAACUAUCUAGUAUGAAAGGGUUAUCUCAACCAUGAAAGAUAAUAAAGUUGCUGGGAAUGGCUAAAGUUUCAUACGAGGUGUUGAGUUUUUAUUUUAUUCUCUUUGUAAAGUGUUCUGUUA